AAGGCAUUUGCAAGAAAUGUUACUGAGGGAUGUUGACUGACAGUGUAAACAUGCCUAACUAUGCGCUAAUUAAAACGACAUAAUAGUUCGCCUUCAUUUUCCAUCAAAUUUCGUGAACGGAAGUCUUUAUUGUGCUCGUGCUCUUUUGCACCUGUCAUGUCACUUUUCAGUGCGACAAGUAACUUUACACGAAAUGAUGCUCCAGAUUUCCAGUUAUUUCGCAAGAGUGAGAGCUCUGAUGAUGAAGAGAAAAGGUCGAAAAGAAGAGAAAAGAACCGAGUUGCUGCACAGAGGAGCCGUAAAAGACAAACUCAGAGAGCUGAUGAGUUGCAUGAGGCAUAUGAAUGUCUGGAACAGGAGAACAGCCUGCUGAGAAAGGAAGUCCAGCUUUUGUUAGAGGAACAGCAACGCUUGACAGAUGCCCUCAAAGCCCAUGAGACUCUGUGCCCUGUCUUGAACUGUGGUAUGACCUCAACAUCAAGGUCCACAGGCACAAUGUCAACUGAGUUUAUGUCUAGAUAGAGUCGCUUACAUUUGAUGCUCAUGAUGUCCGAAUUUCCAUUUAAGGAUAAAUUAAGUAUACUUGUAAACAUGCAAGGUAUUUAUGCAUACUAGCAGCAUGCAAAUUUUAUUUUUUUUUAUUCUGAAAUAUUAGCUUUUGAGUUCAGUAUGCAGUGUUUUCUGUCAACAUACAAGUGAAUUAUUAA